GAGUUGCGCAAGUUGUCAUUUAUCUGUAUUCUCUCGUGGAACAGAGUAUAAAUUCAUAUUCCUUGAGUUUAUAAAAAUUUUGAUACGAUUGUACUUCAAUAUGGCGAACCGCGACAAAGGACGCAGAAAGUGGGGAGGAUUUUUACAAGAGAAUACAAAAUUAGAGAAGGAUAAAUCAAUGGGAAUGCGAGGUGGAGGAAAUAGAGCAUCUCAAGCUUUAUAUAGACCAGGAAGUGGACCUCUUCGAAAGUCUGGUAGAUCUACAGACGAUUUAGAUAAUGAAAAUAUACCACAAGAAAAACCUAAAUCAAGCUCCGUCCAAUAUCGUUUAAAGCAAUCACAAUCCAAUAGAUCCAAUCUAACACAAAACAGCCCACCAUCAUCUCAAGUUGAAAACGUAACAGAAAAAUUAAAUGACUUAAAUAUCAAUUACAAAAGUACUACAAACAUUGAACAGGCACAAGGUUCUUCUCAGAACAGCAAUUGUGGAGAUUCCAAAAAAAAAUCUAAGAAACCAGAGCAACAAUUGUAUGUACCCAAAAAAGUAAAAGAAUCAUUGGUUGAACAGGAUUUAAUAAAUAGAUCACCCAAUCAAGGGGGUUGGAAUCGGGAUCAAGAUAGAGAACAUAGCGAAGAUCGUGAUUCUCAUUCCAAUCGUAGCCACAAAAGCGAUAGUCAACGUAAUCGUUCAGGUGGUCACGGACGAAACAGUGAAGGCGGAAGUAAAAACAGAGAUGAUCAUGGCAAAAGAUAUUCGGGUAAUCGUCGAAAUCGGCAUGGUAAUGACAAUGAGGAACGUUGGCGAUCGGAUUCUCCUUUGUCCAGUAGAAGUUAUGGAUGUCGUAAAGAUAGUUCUCGUGAAGUUAGACAGGGUUCAGAACCUCUUUUUGUAACAACGAAUCACAUAAAUGAUUUUAAUCGCACUAGAGACACACGUAGCGUAGAACCCGUUGGACAUCCAGAAAAAUUUCAAGGCAAACCACCUUCAGGUAAAUGGGGUGGAGCAAAAGAUAGUUUGCCAAAAAAUAUAAAAAUAGAACAUUUACCACCUAGAUUACAGAAAAAAUAUUUUAUUGAUAAUGGUUUACCAUUACCACCAAGUUCAUCACCUUCAGAAGAUGCAUGGAGUAGUAGUAGUAACACUUUUCAGGCAUCAUCAAAUUAUAAUUUUCCACCUGCAAUGCAACAUUCACAAACUAUGCAAAAUUUACCUCCAUCUGGUCCAUUACCUCCACAAUCUAGCUGGUCUAAUACAGUUCCAGCACGAAGUAGAGGCAGAGGUAGACUUAGACCAGAAGAUUUAGAAACUUCAACUAACAUUUUUAGGUGUGUUACACCUGAUCAGUAUUCAGCUCCAAGUUCCAGAUCUCAUACGCCAAGCCAGGAGUAUAUGCCAAGGUCCUAUGAUCGUCGUGGUAGUAAUAGUACUAUGUAUACUAGUAUGGAAAGUUUAAGUCGGGCUGAUAGUUCAAUGAUGCCACCACCGUCGUCAGCAUCACCUGUCACUUCAACAUCUAACACAACUAAACGUCAAACUUCACCCGAUAGUCAUCGUCGAGGAAUAUCUCCAUCUGCGGCUUCUCACCGUUCUCAAACACAACGUCUAAGUAACAACACGAUUGAGCGCAGUAUAUCACAGGAAGAUAAAAAUGGUCAACAAAAUCUAGGAAUUAGCCCAUCAAAAAGUGAAUCUGUUAACACAGGAUCAAAUACAUCGGUUGAACAUCCAUUUGAUUGGAGCGAGGAAGUUGAAUUAAGCGAAAGGCUAGAAGCUGAGCGCGCAAGUCGUAGUUCUUCUGUGCUGAGUUUACGCGAAAAUAUUAAUGUACCAGGAAACGAAACCACAACAAGUGGUUAUAGUCGGCGUAAAAAAAAAAGGCGUGAGAAGAAACACGCAGCGGAUCGAGGCAGGAGUAAUAGCAGAGAUAAAGCUCGAGUUAACAGCCGUGACAGGCAAAAUAAUCAACAAAAUAGGGAAAAUGAUAACUACAACAACAAUCAAAAGAACAGUAGUGGUAGAAGAUAUGACCAUAGAAGACAUCGCAAUAUUAUUCAACGUAGUCGAGAAUCUAGUAAAGAUAGAAAUUAUCGUGGAGGUAAUCGAAACUUCGACGAUCUUCAUAGACAUAGAUUAUCUGAUCGAUAUUUAGAUGAGAAUUGGAGAACAGGUAGAAAAAUGUCAGCUUGUGAGUCUAGUGACGGACGACAAACACCUAAUGUUUCCUCUUACUCUAUUCCUUUAUCGAAUACUACUUUGAAUUUGGCAACGCAUCAGACAUCACCUAGUGGAUACAGUAGCUCACAAUCACCAGGUGUCUUAGUGCUACCCGAUACAGGCCAAUCUCCGCCUAGUCACUCAGCUUCGAGGCAGCAAGUUGUUCAACAGCAAAGGACACUAUUCGAUCCCAACAAUCCUAAUAAACCUAUUGUUGUUACUUCACCUAGUAGUAGAGCUGCAGUGCAAAGAGAAAGCGAUACUAUGCCACAAAGUUCGACUGUACCAGUGUUUCAGUCCCAUGGAGGCAUUACUUCAACGCAUCAUAGUUUCCAGGGAACACACUUAGAUGGUGUACCGCCGCCAUACAUGACAAAUGACCAAUUUGGUAAUAUAAGACCAUCGUGGUAUGAUCCUUAUUCAGAUAGUUUCCGAUUAGCCAAAAAUCCUUACUUACUUUUGGAUAUAGAACGCGCCGAUUUAGAAUUGCAAUGGAUAUUAAGUUCCGGUGGUUUCACGUCAAACUGGGAGAGAGUUUUGUACAUAAGACACUUUCUACAAGAAAGUUUAAAAACCUUGCUCGAGACUGAUAUCAAAUUUUGUCAAGCUGAGAACGUCGAGCAACACUUUUGGAAAAUACUUUUUUACAAUAUGAUUGAAAUGCUGCGUAAAGGCAUGCCUAAAGAGAAUCCCGAGGGCCGCGAGCAUUAUAAAAAAAUAAUGUUGAAGAUCAUCGAUGAGGGUACCGUAUAUUUGGAGGGCUUGUUAACUGUUCUUGAAACGAAGUACGAAUUUAAAUUGGAUACGUUCCUCGCAUCAUCAACGUUGCCUAAGGGUCUUGGAAUCUUAGGUUUAGCUCUAGUAAGCGCGCAAAAGAUAUACUUGUUCUUGGGUGACCUCGCAAGGUACAGAGAACAAGCUAAUGAAACGAACAAUUAUGGAAAAUCUAGGCAAUGGUAUUUGAAAGCGCAACAACUUAAUCCAAAGAACGGAAGACCUUACAGUCAGCUCGCGUUAUUGGCACAUUACGCUAGACGAAAGUUAGAUGCAGUAUAUUAUUACAUGCGAUCUCUGAUGGCAUCCAAUCCUCUUCAUUCCGCAAGGGAGAGUUUAAUAGCACUCUUUGAUGAAAAUAGGAAGAAGUAUGAAUCCACGGAACGAAAACGAAAGGAAGAGAGAGAGUGGAAGGAAAGAGCCAGGAUGAAAGAGAAAGAAGGAGCAAAUAAUAUUGGAGGAGGGUUGAGGAGAGAAAUUUGGAUUCAUCCUGGUGGAAGACGUGUUCGUCGUACAACUACCGCAGCCACUGCCAACGAAGCGAGAUUAUCUCAUAGUGAUUUAGAAGAAUUGGCACAACUAAGCAGCGUCGAGGUGAAUAAACGAUUUGUCACAUCCUAUCUUCAUGUCCAUGGAAAGCUGAUCACCAAAAUAGGAAUGGAAACGUUUCAAGAAGCCGGCGUUCAGAUGCUGAAAGAAUUCAGAGCGCUUCUUCAACAUUCGCCGCUGCCGCUUCCUGGGACGAGGCUCCUUCAGCUACUUGCUUUGAACAUGUUCGCCAUCGAGUCUACACAGCUGAAGGAUUCUCAAAUGGAGCAGGGCUACCGGUCCGAGGUCCAAGAAAGGGCACUGGUCGUAUCCUUGCAGAUGUUCAAUCUGAUUUUAGAACGUGGCGUGUCCUUGUUGAAGUCUCAGUUGGACAGCGGCGAAGAACCGAGGAUGGUUGUUAGCGAGGACAUGCAAGUCCUUUUACCAGCUAUCAAGAUUUGGUGCGAUUGGAUGCUGUGUCAUAGCACCGUUUGGAAUCCGCCGCCAUCUUGCACGGACUACAGAGUUGGCCCCGCCGGAGACGCCUGGAGCAGAUUAGCCACCUUGGUGAACCUGUUGGAAAAAUUGAAUUACACCAGGACGAUACUGAUUCAGGCCAAGGAUGCGGAGGGUCGAGAAGAUGAGCUCGAAUUGGUUAAAUUGCCGGAGGAUGUGACCCUGGCAGGAUUCACGCCUCUGAUGUCCAAUCCUCAGGAUCCUUGCUAUGCUGAGAAGAAUGAGGACAUGGAAGUUGCUCAAGUAUGCCUCAGGAUAAACAAGAUUCUGUUCUUCGGCCAAGUGUUUCUGUGUGGCCUCGAAACGCCGGUGUUGAAGUUGCAGAAAAGCGAGACCGGUGUCAGCGAAUACGUUUCUGUGGUCGAAGCAUCCAGCACUAGUACCCCGAGUUCACCCCCUGAACAGAGCGACUCGGAGCUUCUGGUAGAGAGUUACAGCGAGGGUGAGGACGAGCCGGCAUCCACCCUGAGGAGAUUACCCUCGUGUACAGACGUACCUGACGAUAAUACGGCACCCGUGGCCGCGGUCGAGAUAAGGUCGCUGAUCGAGAGGAAAGAGGAGCUGGAGAGGCGGCAACGGAAACAGGAUCGUCAUCGGCAACGAGUACAGCAAAUCUUGCAAAAAUCUUCGGUGUCUGUUGAAAUUGAAGUGAGACCCAGACAACUGGUUCCAGAUACGAACUGUUUCAUCGAUUAUCUGCCGCAGUUGCAGAAUAUCACAAAAGCUAUUUCUGGUGCACAACCGAUUUAUACGCUUAUGGUGCCGCUUGUGGUUCUGAACGAGCUGGAGGGUCUAGCAAGGGGAGCCGAUGCCAGAGAUUGUCCCCCAGUUUCCAGGGCGACUUUGGACCCAGAGCAUGUGGCAAGGGUAGCAGAGAGUGCAAAAGCGGCACUGGCCUUCGCUAGAAGCAGAAACCCAGCGAUCAGAUGCUUAACCACCAGAGGAACUGUUCUUACUUCUAGCACGUUCACUGUCGAAGAGGAUGUUGAUAAGGACGGGCUGACAAGAAACGAUGACAGAAUACUGGCUACGUGCUUGAGCCUUUGCAAGGCGGCCAACAAAGAUCAAGCGAAUGCAGAAGAAGGUCAGCCGCGACGUCUCCGAAGAGAAGUGGUCCUAUUGACAGAGGACAGGAACCUGAGGGUGAAGGCAUUGGCCAGGGAUGUUCCUGUCAGGGAGGUUCCGGACUUCAUGCAAUGGGCCGGUCUCGGCUGAGACGUAUCGACCAACCGACACACCCGCUAACGAAAAAUCUCCCGUAAACCCCCCGCCGAGUAAACAUUGACCAGUAACAGCAGCAGCAGCAAGAGGAGAAAAAAGAAACGGAGAGAACGCGGAAGGAAGAACAUAGGAUCGAUCUCGUCCUCGCGGAUCAUCGCGAUUCUCCCCGAACGAGGAACGUGGCCGAUCAACCUGUCGUGCAACAUCGCGUUCACGUAAGUUCGUCCUGAUUGUCGUGCCUCUUUUUUCGUGGUCACGCGUUCCCUUCUCGGCACGGCGAGGAUACCGGAAACGAGCAGAUUAAUCGCUUCGUCGCGUUGUUUUUUCCAACGACGAAUGGUCGCUCGGGCGAAACCAGCGAGGCGAGUUCGGUGAGCGCCAGUCUCGUCGAGCGGAGAGGAAUGAAAAGACGGUUCGAGCGUGUACGAGUCACGAAGCUCUAUGGAAUUCUUGCUUUUACCAUCCGAAGCUGGCGAACGGAAGUUACCUCGGUAAGGGACGAUGAUGGAUUUCGUCGAGGCGGAAGGAUGCUCGGAAAGUUGGUUUUUCGAAGGUGAUCGGAUCGACGAGAGAGAGAGAGAGAGAAAGAGGGAAUGGAAAUGAUAGGUAGAUAAAUAGAUAGAUAGAUAAAUAGAAGCGUCGGUAUUUUUACACACGUGAAUAUUUUUUGGUUGAUUUUUAUCGAUGACGACCGCCCACACACGCGGCCGGCUUCAUUUUGUGUACCUUCCUUUUAUCAUGUUUGUAACAAUCUAUACACACGUAUAUAUAGAUAUAUAUCUACAUGUAUAUAUUUGUACGCACUUUUGAAUAUUGUAUACGCCGUAUGCGGUCGUUGGAGGAUGCGUUCGGAAUCCGCCUUGUGUUCUUUGCCUUUCAUUCUGCUUCUCUUUUUUUUCCCUUUUGCUUUUCACAUGCCGUCCUUAGCGAGAGACCCCCCUUUACCGAAUCGUUCCUUUUGGAAUUCAUUGUUUCUCUUCCUUUCUUCUUUUCCCAUCAGCCUCCGUUUUUCCGACGAUCACCGCGGCUAGCUGUUGCUUUUCGAAAACUUUUCAUUUUUUUUCUCCUUGUAUCCUUUUUUAGGCGAUCUUUAUCUUUCGAUGUAUUUAUUUUGUGUUUUGCUCUUUUUUUUUAGAGGAACUGUGACACCUUGCGAGUUCAAUUCUAAUUUUCGGUCUUCAAUUUUUUUAUGUAACCUUCUUAUUUGAUAUAAC